CCGGCCCGGCCCGCGCCCCCGCCCGCUGUGCCCCGGCCCGGCCCGCGCCAUGGAGCCCGGGCGCGGUGGCAUGGAGACCGUGGGCAAGUUCGAGUUCUCCCGCAAGGACCUGAUCGGGCACGGGGCCUUCGCCGUGGUCUUCAAGGGCCGCCACCGGGAGAAGCACGACCUGGAGGUGGCCGUCAAAUGCAUCAACAAGAAGAACCUGGCCAAGUCGCAGACGCUGCUAGGGAAGGAGAUCAAGAUCCUCAAGGAAUUGAAACACGAAAACAUUGUGGCUUUGUACGACUUCCAGGAAAUGGCCAAUUCCGUCUACCUGGUCAUGGAGUACUGCAACGGGGGAGACCUGGCUGAUUACCUGCACACCAUGCGCACGCUCAGCGAGGACACCAUCCGGCUCUUCCUGCAGCAGAUUGCGGGCGCCAUGCGGCUCCUGCACAGCAAGGACAUCAUCCACCGCGACCUGAAGCCGCAGAACAUCUUGUUGUCCAACCCUGGCGGGCGCCGCGCCAACCCCAACAACAUCCGUGUCAAGAUUGCCGACUUCGGGUUCGCACGGUACCUGCAGAGCAACAUGAUGGCGGCCACACUGUGCGGCUCCCCCAUGUACAUGGCUCCUGAGGUCAUCAUGUCCCAGCACUACGACGGCAAGGCAGACCUGUGGAGCAUCGGCACCAUCGUUUACCAGUGUCUGACGGGGAAGGCGCCCUUCCAGGCCAGCAGCCCCCAGGACCUCCGCCUCUUCUAUGAGAAGAACAAGACAUUGAUCCCCAGCAUACCCCGGGAGACCUCGGCCCCCCUGAGACAGCUGCUUCUGGCGCUUCUGCAGCGGAACCACAAAGACCGCAUGGACUUCGAUGAGUUUUUCCAUCACCCAUUCCUCGAUGCCAGUGCCUCCAUCAAGAAGUCCCCCCCAGUGCCCGUGCCCUCAUACCCCAGCUCCGGCUCCGGCAGCAGCUCCAGCAGCAGCUCCACCUCGCACCUGGCCUCCCCACCGUCCCUUGGGGAGAUACAGCAGCUGCAGAAGACGCUGACCUCGCCAGCCGAUGCCGCUGCCUUCCUGCAAGGCUCCCGGGACUCGGGCGGCAGCAGCAAGGACUCAUCCUGUGACACCGAUGACUUUGUCAUGGUCCCAGCCCAGUUCCCAGGUGAUCUGGGGGCUGAGGCUGCCAGUGCCAAGCCCCUGCCAGACAGCCUGCUGUGCAGCGGGAGCUCACUGGUGGCCUCUGCUGGCCUGGAGAGCCACGGCCGGACCCCGUCCCCGUCCCCACCUUACAGCGGCUCACCCAGCCCCUCAGGCCGGGCCGGCCCCUCCAGCAGCAGGUAUGGUGUGUCCGUCCCCAUCCCGGUCCCCACACAGGUGCACAACUACCAGCGCAUCGAGCAGAACCUGCAGCUGCCUGCCCAGUACAUGGCGCCCCGGCCCAGGCACCACUCACUGCCGGCUCACCCACCUGCCCGCAGGUCCACUGCCAUCCGCAGGUCAGACAGCACCAGCCCCCUGGGCUUCACCCGGGCCAGCCCCUCGCCUCCAUCCCAUGCUGAGCAUGGAGCCGCCCUGGCCAGGAGGUUCUCCCUGGGUGGGGCCCGGCCCUAUACACCUUCACCCCAAGUUGGAACCAUUCCCGAGGGGCCGGGCUUGAGCGGGGCGCCCUCUCCUCAAGGAGCUGAGACUCGAGGCGGCAAGUUCCCGAGGCCAGGCUCCUCUGUACCUGAGCACUCGCCCCGUGCCGCUGGGCUGGGCUGCCGCCUGCACAGCGCCCCCAACCUCUCGGACCUGCAUGUCGUGUGCCCCAAGCUGCCCAAGCCCCCCACAGACCCGCUCGGGACUGCGUUUGGCCCCCCGCAGGCCAGCCCCCCGCUGUCAGCCUGCCGGCCCCUGCGUGGCUCACCCAAGCUCCCUGACUUCCUGCAGCGGAGCCCCCUACCCCCCAUCCUGGGCUCCCCCACCAAGGCCAGCCCCUCGUUUGACUUCCCCAAGACACCCAGCUCACAGAACCUGCUGGCCCUCCUGGCCCGGCAGGGUGUGAUGGUGGCACCCCCCCGGAACCGUACACUGCCCGACCUCACGGAUGGGGGCCCCUACCAGGCACAGCCGCUGGGCCCCGGGCUGCGGCCCCCUGAGGAGGCCAAGGGUCCCUUCGGCAGGUCCCUGAGCACUGGCCGCCUCACUGACCUUCUUCUGAAGGCGGCCUUCGGCACCCAGGCCCCGGACUCAGGCAGCACCGACAGCCUGCAGGAGAAGCCCAUGGAGAUUGCGCCCUCCACUGGCUUUGGAGGGAACCUGCACUCUGGGGCCCGUGCUGGGGGUGCCAGCAGCCCUUCCCCUGUGGUGUUCACCGUGGGCUCCCCCCCCAGCGGGACCACACCACCGCAGGGCCCCCGUACCCGCAUGUUCUCAGCAGCGUCUCCCACAGUGGGCUCUUCGGGCUCCCUCAGCUCUGCUGGCUCCUCCUCUGGUCGCCACCUGCUGCCUGGGGCCUGCAACGAGGCCGCUGCCCCGGAGCCUCCUGCCCCAGGACACUGUUACAGCUACGUCGACCCCAUUGCCGCCAACCUAGAGGGGGUUGUGACCUUUGAGGCCCCCGACCUGCCUGAGGAGACCCUCAUGGAGCAAGAGCACACGGAGACCCUGCACGGCCUGCGCUUCACGCUAGCCUUCGUCCAGCAUGUGCUGGAGAUCGCUGCCCUGAAGGGCAGUGCUGGCGAGGUGGCUGGCAGCCCCGACUACCAGCUGCAAGAGAGCCUGGUGGCCGACCAGAUCAGCCUGCUGAGCCGCGAGUGGAGCUUUGCAGAGCAGCUGGUGCUGUACCUGAAGGUGGCAGAGCUGCUGUCUGCAGGGCUGCAGACAGCCAUCGACCAGAUCCGGGCCGGCAAGCUCUGCCUGUCGUCCACUGUGAAGCAGGUGGUGCGGAAGCUGAACGAGCUGUACAAGUCCAGCGUGGUGUCCUGCCAAGACCUGAGCCUGCGGCUGCAGCGGUUUUUCCUAGAUAAGCAACGGCUCAUGGACCGUGUUCACAGCAUCACGGCGGAGAGACUCAUCUUCAGCCACGCUGUGCAGACGGUGCAGUCUGCAGCACUGGACGAGAUGUUUCACCGCCGUGAGGACUGUGUGCAGCGCUACCACAAGGCCCUGCUGCUCAUGGAGGGGCUGCAGCAGAUCCUUGUGGACCAGGCGGACGUGGAGAACAUCGCCAAGUGCAAGCUGUGCAUCGAGCGAAGGCUCUCGGCCCUGCUGACCGGCCUCUGUGCCUGACCCCAAGCCCCAUGCUCCAAGGCACUUGGCGCUAAGGUGUGGAUGCUGGCCAGACUGGUCUGGAUGAGCCUGUGGGGCUUCACUACAGGGGACCGGGUGGAGGAGCCGGAGCUGGGGACUGGAUGCACCCGCGCUGCCUGCCCCACCCGCCGUCCAGGUCCAGGCUGCUGCUGAGUCCCAACAGGCAGUCAGUCCAGAGACUGGUGGAGCUCCCGGCCCAGAAUCCUAGAACUCCUGCUGCCCACUGCAGGCACGGGCACGGGCACGGGCACGUUCCUCGAAGCCAGUGUCCUGCCUGCCCCGCGUGUGCAGUGAAAGGUGGCCGGCAGGGCAGUGCAAGAACCCAGGGUGUGCCUGCCUGCUGCCAAGCAAGGUCCCACAAGGCCCUGGAUACAGCGCUGCCGACUCGAAGCCAAAGCUGCUGUCCUGGGCACCUGGCGGGCCACCCCUAGCUCCACUCCUUCUCUGGGACCCCCGAAAUCCUACCAGCUUUGUAACCCACGAGCACUUUAUGCAGAUAGAGGCUAGGGACAGAAGGGACCGCUGGAGUGCGGCCUCUGUUCCUGGUGUUGCACUACAGGUCUGUGUACAUACCCAUAUACAUACGUAUACAUAUAAAUAGUCUGUGUGUGUGCGCGUGCGCAUGUGUCCGACUGCACUAUGGCUGGGAUUUGCCGGCAGGCCGCCAGUGUGGAACCCCGCCUUUCCAGAGGAAAGAUGCAGUCGUGUAGCCCAUGUUCUUUGAGGACAGACAGUAUGAAGCGCCGUGCUCUCGAGGCCCAGGACUGGCGUCACCACCUCUCAUGCUUCAGUCUGAAGCCCGUUUUGUUUUCCUGCAGUUUCUUUGUUUGUUGCUUUAAUUUUUUAAAGAAGAAAACGUGUAGGUGUUCAGGAAUGUUUGGGGCGGGUGGGGGCAGGACAGGGCAGGGGCUCUGCUUUGUUACUGUUAGACACUGGGUAUGUCUACCUGUCCCCCCAUAUGUCUAGCAGCCCUGCCCUGGCCAGCGCCCACCCCCUGAACGUAGGGGCAGGGGAGGGUGUAUGUUUGUGACUGGAAGACAUGCGUGAAAGGCCUCCCUGUCCAGCUCUGACAGCAAGUGCUGAUGUCCCAGGAGUCCUGUCCCUCUGGCUGGGCCUGGUUCUGGGGCCAGGGACCUUGGCUCGGGUGAGGUCUCCAGGUUCCCAUGGCCUGGCCUCCUCGGCUCUGCCCAAAUCACCUGAAUUGUCCUGAGUCAUCUGUGGUGCCCACAGCCCCGGGUGCGAAGGUCACACCUUGGUGUACAGACGGAGUAUAUGUACACAUAUAUUUUCUUCUUUUCAAUACUUGAAAUGUCGCCACUGUGCUUGGGCCUAGAAGGAAAGCCCUGACUUGUUUCCAGUGACUGCUCAGCUGCAUGUGGUGUGUUUACAGAGAAGAGCUUCUGAGGCUGUUGUAUUUAUUACAGCUGUGUGGUCUUCCGGCACCUUGGCCACACGGCCUGUGUGUGCUCGUGAGUCCUGUCCCCCACGCAGUGGCGCUCUGUCCUGGUCUCCCUUGAACACGGAUCUUGUGUGGUUUUUCCCCUUUUUGGUUUAAAUUGUGUCAUACCCGUUUAUGGAAAUAAACCUUUGCAAUUGUUGA